AUGGGCAAGAAAUCGUUCUCCAAACCGACCUCUUCCGAAGCAAAUCUAUCCUCCUUCCUUCUAGCUCAGGGCGAAGGCUCCAAGGAUAAUGAGCUCGAUGCCGUCUUUGCGAAUUCGGUUCGUUCGCUGAACUUUGACGCUUAUUUGGGGGACUGGUCAUGUUAAUUGAUCUUUUCUUGUAUCGUGUAUUUUCGAGUAGAAAGGUCCUUCAAGUUGCAUCACUGCGCCUUCGUUGAUCCCGGUCGAGAAGAACAAGGACAAACGACACAAGUCCAGCAAGGGUAAAGACCAGCAGCGCACACCCGUAAAAGAAGCACCCGGAUCCGAGACCGUAGAAGAAGAAGUCGACGAUGAGAUUCUCGAACCUCUCGAGAUCGACUCGGACGCUUCGCUCGAGAUGCCUUCCUCCGAUGAUGAUCAAGAUGACGAUGAGAAUGAUGACGGUGUCGAACAGGCGUAUGCAGCCAAGCUGGCCGCUCGGAGGAUCAAGGAGGUCCGAUCCAAGAACAAGAAGCGCAAGGUCGAAGCAGAGCGAUUUGACAAGCAAGACUCGGAGGCCUCGGAUGAAGAAGAAGACGAUGACGAAGAAGAAGAAGAAGAAGACGAUGACGAUGACGAAGAAGAAGAAGACGAAGAGAUGAUUGACGCCGAUGACUUGACACCGGGAACGAUCCUCGCCACCAAACAAAGCAAGUCGACCACUAGCGAAGAUACUACGACCUCGAAGAAGAAGCCGAGUAGCAAGGACAAGCGUCUCGAACGUGACGACACGCCCGAACAGAGGGAUGCGCGAACCGUUUUCCUCGGCAACGUUCCCGCGACGUGUGCGACUUCCAGGGUCGGUCAAUACAGAAGAUUGAACGAUGUCGACCGCGAAAACUAACGCCCGAAACUUCCCACGUCUAUGCCCCACAGCCCAUGAAGAAAGCGCUGAUCCGACACGUGCUGCAAUCGCCGACCUUGCUUCAACUUCUGCCCGCCGACUUCCCUGCGCUCAAGUGCGACUCGAUUCGGUUCCGCUCCAUCGCUUUUGCCUCGACCGUCUUUGGCCGCAAGGAGUCGCAAACCAACGAUCCCGACGCGCCCGACGCGAAUCCGGAAGGUAGCCGCAAUCGCAAGCGAGCGCGAGAAUGGCGCGAUUCUGAAGGUUCGGACCAACGCGGUGUUCGAGGUGGUUUCCAUGCCAAAGAACCCGUUCCUUCUUCGUCCUCGAACCGAGGGUCCUCCGGUGCGCUCACGGACGGUCAAAAGCGACGUGUGGCUUUAUUCCGAGGUGAUUUGAACCAAGGCAAAUCGACUUGCAACGCCUACCUCGUUCUCGAACCCUUUAAGAACACACCCUCCUCCUCUCUCUCGGACGCGGAUCUGAUCAAGCUGAUCGUGCAAUCCGUCGACGCGACCCAUUUCGAAGGUUACACCCUCCGAGCCGAUAUCGUUCGCCCGCGCUCGACAGCGGCCUUGGUCGCAGCCGCUCAGAUCGCCGCCAAACCGGACCUCUCCGUCGCGCUGCCCGCGAACGCCCCCAAAGGACCCGUCUACGUCGUUCCGAACGCCGAAGCACGACGAACGGUCUUCAUAGGUGGGUUGGAUUUUGGUGAGACGGAGGAGAAUGUGAGAAAGGCGAUUGAGCCAGUUUUGGUGAGGGAGAAGGGAAAAGCUUCGGGUAGGAAGGGAUGGGUCGAAGGCGUUCGUUUGAUUCGAGAUGCGAGUUCGGGAUUGGGUAAAGGUUUCGGAUACGUUUUGCUUCAGGUCCGUUUCGGAUUCGGAACUAUUCUACACAGAAGGUACUAGCUCCGUUUAUUGACCCCCUUCUUCCUCCUUUCGCACAGGACCCUUCAUGCGUCGACGAAUUGCUCGCUCUUCCCCCCGGCAAAUUCCUCAAAGUUUCGAAACGUAAAGUCCGUCUCGAGCGCUGCAAAACGGGUAUCGCCGCCGCUCGAGCGAAAGCCUCCGCUCUCGUCAAGAACGUUUCCUCCUUAUCUAACCCCUCUAAAACGCCGAUGCAAAAAAUGGGAGGAGGAGGAGGAGGACAAGUUCUCGGCGCUCCUAGGGACCCUUCUCUAAGGUUCGGGAAUCGUCCCAUUAUCUCCAGUUCGAAACUGGCUUCCCAAGCCGCUCUCAUUGAAAAACAAGCGGUUCAAGCGACUCAAUUGGCUUCCCUACCUCCGUCGGAUCGUAAAAAAAUCAAAGCGCUCGAUCCGGAUCGUUUGGCCCGUCGAGCGGAGAAGAAGAAGCAAAAAGUGUUGAGUGAACGGUACGAGCGCAAGAUGGCGAAUUUGGAAAAGAGCGGUACGGGGAUUUUGGGGAGGGAGAGUAGGGGGGAGUUGAGGAGGAGGAAGGAGAAGAAGAGGGUCAAGGAAGGGAAUCGGACGGGCAAGAGGGCCAAGAAGGCCGAUUUGUAG